AAUUAGCAGAAUAGUGGCAACACUAACUCUCAACUUGUCAAAAUUAUCGAUCUGACUUUUCCCGUCUCGUAGACAGUCCUUUUUGUUUCGGCCAUAUUCGCCGAAAGAUAGGUGUUUGGUUUGGGUCACGUAUCUUUUCGUGGCCUUUCAAUCACUGAUUUAAGAACCAUUCAAGAUGGUCCAGAAGAAGCCUAAGAAGAAGGUCGGGAAGAAGGUAGCCGCCGCCCCACUGGUGGUUAAGAAGGUUGAACCCAAGAAGAUCGUUAACCCGCUCUUCGAGAAGAGGACCAAGAACUUCGCUAUUGGUCAGGACAUCCAGCCCACACGUGACCUGUCCCGCUUCGUGCGAUGGCCCAAAUACAUCCGUAUCCAGCGCCAGAAGGCAGUCCUGCAGCGCCGACUCAAGGUGCCCCCACCAAUCAACCAGUUCACUCAGACACUUGACAAGACCACAGCCAAAGGCCUGUUCAAGAUCUUGGAGAAGUACAGGCCUGAGACUGAAGCAGUCCGCAAAGAACGCCUGAGGAAGGCUGCUGAGGCCAAGUUGGCCAAGAAGGAUGAGCCUCCACCAAAGAGGCCCAACACAAUCCGUGCUGGCACUAAUACUGUCACCAAGCUAGUUGAGAAGAAGAAGGCGCAGCUUGUGGUCAUUGCACACGAUGUUGACCCCAUUGAGCUGGUUCUCUUCCUGCCCGCUCUCUGCCGUAAGAUGGGUGUCCCAUACUGCAUUGUCAAGGGCAAAUCUCGUCUCGGAGCCCUUGUACACCGCAAGACUUGCACCUGCGUUGCUCUCACAAAUGUGGAGGCUGGAGACCGUGCCGCGUUCACCAAGGUGGUGGAAGCCAUCAAGACCAACUUCAACGAGCGGUAUGAAGAGCUGCGCCGACACUGGGGCGGCGGCGUGCUCGGCAACAAGUCCAACGCGCGCAUCGCCAAGCUGGAGAAAGCCAAGGCUCGCGAGUUAGCGCAGAAGCAGGGCUAAUGCAAUAAACUUAAACAUCCCA